AUGGCGCGCUCGGGCAUACUGCUCCUGCUCCUGUUCUGUUCCUGUGAAAUCGCGUUUCAAAUCCCUCCCACGGAGAACUUCCGGUUCAGAGGAGGGUAUGAUGGGGAUGAAUGGAAAGUCGGUGGGCAAGACGGCGAAGUUCUGCAGUUUGACGACGAGGAUAGCUUUGAAAGGAAAAUGUUCGAAGGAGACGACCUCAACAAUCCAGAACUAGACCAAGAGACCUUUGGCGGCGACUUGGAUUCUGGAGACACUGACGAUGCGUGGGAGGAUACCGUGCAGAAGUCGCUCUCGUUGAGGCACCGGAACCAGAAGCUUGCCCCAAGGUCCAUGGAGGAGAAGCCACCCAGUGACAUGGUCGCACACAAUCGAAGUCGCUGGCUCCCAGACGGGGAGAACACGAGUCCGUCCGUGAUCUUGCGAAACCUCGUGGAGCUGUGGGAAGAGCGACAACGCUUCGUUGAACGCCACAAAGCGACUGGGAGGCAGGAGCCCGUUCCUUCGCUAGAGGAUCUCUUCCAAGAGAAAUAUCCUGACGACGUGCACGAGGGGAUGUACGGCACUGCCUACAUGAUGCGAGGGCAGCACGGGGAUGUGCCGCAGAAGAUUCUGCCGAACAGCAUGUGGGAGCACGACUCGCAGUACGACGAAGGAGGGAUCGAACAGAUCUGGGAGUUCGACAGCCGUCCCGAUCCUCCGCCCAAGGGAUAUUGGGAUGAGAUGGGUAUUUUCCACCCAACGUUCGAAAAAUCAGAGCACAAAGAGGUCAAGAAGGUGCUUCCCACACAGACUGAGGUCCCACAGGCUCAGGCGCCAAGGGUUGAGAUAACUUGGUCUGACCUCGUCCGGAUGACAAACACUGAGCAGAUGGAAUCCGAUGUUGUUGAUGUGCACUAUGACUAUCCUGGCCAGCAGGGUUUCGAGCUCCCAGCAGGUCCCGCGCAAACAGCAAGUGUGCAAGGAAAGGUGGCGGAGGCAGCGCCCAGCUCGCGUCACAGGAAGGCAGUGCAGAAGAAGAGGGAGAAUGCGCAGGUCAGGAAGGAUGCAGUCCCUUCGGACAACGAAAAAGCAGCACCUGGCGUGCAGGAGAAAGAGAACGUGAAGAAACCAGCCGAGUUGUCUUCGAACAAGGCGAAGGCGAUGAAGCAGAAAGCCUCGGACAAGGGAACGGCAUGGAAGAAGGACAAGGCAAACGACCCGAUCAACGAGGAGAGUUCGACCAAGACACAAGUCGCAUCCCCCCUUUCGGAUAAGAGCGAGAGGCCUGCCGUUGCCCCAAGGCCUGCCGCAACAAACUUCACCUCCUCAAGGCCCGUUGGAAGCCUCAAUCCUUUCUCUGCACUGAAUGAAGUAGAGACACAAAGGAACAAAGGAUCCCAUCAGAGCAACGACUCAGAUCAUGAGAUGCAAAGGAUGAACGAGACUGAGGGAGCGAUGGAAAAUACAAACACAGCUCAGGAAAAUCUCAGCAAAAGCACGUCCGAUUUCAGUCAAGACUUGGCGUCGCAGGCUCGGUUCUUGCACAAGUUGAAGCGCGAGUGCAAGCGCAUGAGCGUGUCUCAGCUGAUCUUCUUCUUCUAUGACUCCAUGAUCUACGCUCCUCGCGCCUUUGAAAUGGCGUGGGAGGAAUUUCAGGAAGGAAUGAGCGACGAGGCGCAAGCUAUGAAGAUGAGCAUUGCCAACUUCUUGUUCCACUCAACGACGUUGGAGCAGUGGAACUGCAACCAGCGCAACAUGAUCUACGAGGCGCGAGAGAGUGCAUACUCGAGGGAGCAGGACGACGAGGACGAGAAAGUCUCGCACCAACGGCACGAUCUGAACAUCCUUCUGUGGAAGCUGUCGUCAAACAGCUCCCUUGUGUUAUGCUCAGAUGACCUCAGGGUCGUCGUUGCGCUUGUCCGUUGCAUCCUUGGGCUGGACUCACAAAACUCGAAGAAGAUGAUCACUGACCUUGAAGAUGGCAUUCGAUUCGUACAGGACGCCGCCCUUCGCCUCCUGAACUGCUACCUGCAGUUCUCCCACGUCUCUUGGUCGAACACUGAGAACUUGCUACGGGCACUUUCGAUGUUUCGCGCCCUCAACGACAUUUCGGAUCGAUUACCCUCAGUCGUUUCUAACCAGACGUCGGCGAUUUCCCAGCAGGAGCUGCAAGUUGCCGUCCGACUGGCAGAAGCAGAACUUUACGCGUUUGGGGAGAACGACAUGUCGAAGGGGCAGGCCCAAUACAGCAAGCUGCUGUCAGAGGUCGUGUGUUGCACUCAGCAGCAGCUGCAGGUUGCGACGAGCGCAUUCAGGAGGUUCCGAUUGGGGAUGAUGAUGACUGAGAUGUUCAUGGAGCUGCUCUACGUGCAUCACGAGGAGAUCACGGGGGAGAAAGAUCCAGUCUAUGACGAGGUUGCUGCUGUGCUGGAAAAGAGGGUGAGAGGAGGAGACAACUCCUCCUUCACCAUCGGCGCGCUUGCUCGGAUCUCUUCCUCGGCGUUUGCGAUUGCGAGAUUGGAGGAGGCCGUCCGGCUCAGGCCAGAGGAUGAGACUCUGUGGAUUGUAAGUUGGAUAAUGGUGGUGGUGGUGGUGGUGGUGGUGGCAAAGGGCUUUAUCGAAGAGUGGAAAGGAGGAUCCAAAGAUUCUGAAGAAUUCUUCCUUCGUGCUCUCGCGCUCUCCCCUCGCAAUGGCUUCCUCUAUGCACGUAUCGGAGUCUUGGCACUGAACCUCCGAGCGAAUCCCUUCUCCUCCUGCUCCUACCUUGAGCUAGCAACGCAGCAUGGUUACAAGAGUGCAGAGGUCCUCAGCGGGCUGGUUUUCUGCAAGUGCUUGGGAUCAAACGCAGAAGAAGUGCCAUGGGAGGCACUGCGCAAGAUCCUUGCGCUGGAUCCAACGGAACCCUUCACCUCCUUCGCUCUCGGCGACCUGCUGCUCUAUGACAAUCAGGGGAAGGAGGUAGGGGAGAGAGUCCGUCCUACUACAGGGUUGAAGUUCUGUCAGGCGGAAAGGCUCAUCUCUCAAGCCCUCAGACUGUCCCGGAAGAAGAAAUUCCAGUGCUGCUUGCACGGCCUACAUGGGCAAAUCUUGGGCGAAAUCAAUGUCGACGACAGUGGAGCGCUGGAGGAGUACCGUAAGGGGAUGGAGCUCUCGCAGGGGACCUGUGAACACACUGUUAAGCUUUUAUGUGCUCACUUGCUCAAGCACAAUUGUGAGGGAAGCGACCUCAAGCAGCCGGUGGUGCAGCAGGUCCAGGCCAUGUUCGAGAAAGCGUUCGCCGUCAACCCCCUGCAUGUUCACCUUGCAAUCUCCUUCUCCGAUUUCCGAGAGCGAGUGUUUGGCGACAUAAGAGGAGCGCGAUUAAUCUUUGAAACUGUGCUGAAAAACAAUCCCAAUGACGCAUGGGUGAUGUAUGCGUAUGCCAAUUUCAUCGAUCGGCAGGAAGGAUUUUCAGACCACUGUAUCAAGCUCUUCAGAGAUGCUCUCAAUGUUGCUCCAAACUUCGGUGUCGCAGUCUCAACCUUUGCCUUGAACCUGCAUCAUCUUACUGAUCGCAAGGAAGAAGCAGAAGCUGCAUACACUCGAGCGAUGGAGCUUCUUCCUUCCGAUCCCGAUAUUUACAGCAACUACGCCGUCUUUCUCGAGGAGAAGCAAGACUAUCGAAAUGCAGAGAAAGUCUUCCAGAAGGCCCUCAGCCUUGACCCCAACAACGCUGAGACAAGAUUCAUGUACGGGGCCAUGCUUCAUGACAAACUGCACGACGUCCAGAGAGCAAGGAUCGAGUACGAGAAGUUGACGCUUCUGAAGCCGAACAACGGCAAGUAUCUCUGCAAGUAUGGGCGUCUCCUGGACGACGCCGACGACUUGCCAGGAGCGACAAUGAUGUACGAGGCUGCGGUGAUGGCGGAUCCGAUGUCGUUGGACGCCAUUAUCAGUCUAGCGAACUUGUACUUCGAGGCGCACGCAAACUUUGACAGGGCGAAUGUGCUUUAUGAGAGGGCGCUGCAGAUCAACUCGACCCACUUUACAGCUCUGUGCAGCUAUGCAAUCAUGACGGGAGUUCACCUGCGCCAUCUGAAUCAUCAGAGCGAGGGCGACAGCAUGCAAGGAAGAAGCGAUAUCGAGAAGCAGAAGGAGUACCUGAUGGACAAGGCCAUCAGGCUCUUUGAGCAGUCUUACGAGUUGGCGCCCAACAACCUUGCUGUCUGCUACAACUACGCUGCCUUCCUCCGCGAGAACGGAGCCGACUUUGACAAGGCGGAAGUUUUCGUGCGAAAGGCACUGGAGAUCGACCCGCACGACGUCUCCUCCAUCUACCUACUGGCCCACAUCCUCCGGGAGAUGAAGGGGGAGCAUUUAGGCGCGUCUCCCUCCUCCUCUCUCGCUCCCUCUGACUUGUUGCACGCAGAAGCCAUGAGGCUCUACAGGAAAGCUACGGACUUGGACCCUGAGCGUCUGUCCAAGAUGAUGCAGAUUGGGCAGUUUCAUAUCGACUCGGAUGUGGUUGGAGAGGCAGAGAACCUGCUGAACAGCAUUCUGAGCUCAAGCCCUCACGAGCUCAAGGAAAAUAUCCGAUGGGUCAGGACCUUCACGCCCACCACAAAUCCGCAAGCACACGUUCCUCUCCCAUUCUCCGAUGCUGCGCACCAGGCGAGGAAGGAGCUCAACCGGAGGAGGGAGAAGCGAAAGGCAAAGGAGGAGGAGGAGUCUUCGUGGCAGCAGAAGCAGCGGGAACGAGAUGCUGACGCCAUCGCACGGGAGCUGAUCGAGGAGGAAGAGAUGGAGUCCAAGAAGAGCAACAAGAAGUCCGCGGUGAAGAAGGGCUCGCGCUCGAAGCACUGA